GACUCUGUACACGUACCCUGACAACUGGAGGGCAUACAAGCCCCUCAUCGCUGCUCAGUACUCCAGGUUUCCUAUAACUGUUGCAUCCUCUGCCCCCGAGUUCCAAUUUGGUGUGACAAACAAAACACCAGAAUUCCUAAAGAAAUUUCCUCUGGGGAAGGUUCCAGCUUUUGAGGGAAAUGAUGGCUUCUGUCUGUUUUGAGAGCAGUGCCAUUGCUCACUAUGUUGGUAAUGAUGAACUCCGUGGAACUUCCCGAUUAGAUCAGGCUCAGAUUAUCCAAUGGGUCAGCUUCGCAGACAGUCACAUUGUCCCUCCGGCCAGUGCCUGGGUUUUCCCAACUCUGGGGAUCAUGCAGUUCAACAAACAGGCAACAGAACAAGCCAAGGAGGAGGUGAAGCAUGUUCUGGCUACUCUGGAUUCCCAUCUGCAGACAAGAACAUUCCUAGUGGGGGGAGAGAGUCUCCCUGGCCGACAUCACUGUAACAUGCUCCCUGCUUUGGCUGUAUAAACAGGUCCUGGAGCCUUCCUUCCGUCAGCCUUACGGUAAUGUCACAAGAUGGUUUGUGACAUGUGUGAACCAGCCACAGUUCCGUGCUGUGUUGGGAGAGGUGAAACUCUGCGAUAAGAUGGCUCAGUUUGAUGAGUUGCAACCAAAGAAGGAGACCCCCAAGAAGGAGAAACCAGCAAAGGAGCAGAAGAAAGAUAAGGAGGAAAAGAAGCCUGCUCCUGCCCCAGCCGCUGCUCCAGAAGAGGACCUGGAUGAAUCUGAGAAGGCUCUUGCAGCAGAGCCAAAAUCAAAGGACCCCUCCUUCAUUAUGGAUGAGUUUAAACGAAAGUAUUCAAAUGAAGAUACACUUUCUGUGGCUCUUCCCUACUUCUGGGAGCACUUUGACAAAGAGGGAUGGUCCAUCUGGUAUUCAGAGUACCGUUUCCCAAAUGAACUUUCACAGACCUUUAUGAGUUGCAACCUCAUUACAGGUAUGUUCCAGCGCCUGGACAAGCUACGUAAAACUGGCUUUGCAAGUGUCAUCCUGUUUGGAACCAACAAUGACAGUUCAAUCUCUGGCAUAUGGGUGUUCAGAGGACAUGAUUUGGCCUUCACACUGUCUGAGGAUUGGCAAAUUGAUUACGAGUCCUAUACCUGGAGGAAGCUGGAUACAGACAGUGAAGAGUGCAAGACCCUGGUGAAAGAGUAUUUCUGCUGGGAAGGAGAUUUCAAACAUGUAGGCAAAGCCUUUAACCAGGGCAAGAUCUUCAAGUGA